GGGAGGGUAACUGGAGCGCGCUUUCCGUGUCUGGUUAGUGGACUGACAGCCAGCUGUGCGGCUGCAACAACAAUCUCCUUAGCUACACUCAACUUAGGUCGAUUUUUUUGGGGGGUCGCUGAUCAUAAUCGUGGACUUGCAGCUUUUUCUGAAGUGAAUACUCGACAGCACGCCGCUACAACCACCUGAGCUUUCCGUGCGAACUAGCUAGAAGAGCAUUCCUCCAACAUGAAUCCGUUGUGUGGCAGAUGUAAUCAAGUCGUUUACCCCACGGAAAAAGUGAAUUGUCUGGACAAGUACUGGCAUAAAGGAUGCUUCAGCUGCGAGGUCUGCAAAAUGACUCUAAACAUGAAGAAUUACAAAGGCUUUGAGAAGAGACCAUACUGCAAUGCACACUACCCCAAGACAAACUUCACCUGUGUGGCUGAUACUCCAGAAAACCUCCGCCUCAAACAGCAGAGCAAGAUGCAAAGCCAGGUCCACUACAGGGAGGAUUUUGAGAAGAACAAAGGAAAAGGUUUCAGCGUGGUUGCAGACACGCCAGAGCUGCAGAGAAUUAAGAAAACGCAGGACCAAAUCAGCAAUAUUAAGUACCACGAGGAGUUCGAGAAGAGGAAGGUGGGAGGAGAUGCUCCACUUACACCGAGCAGCCCCAACCAAGGAGCUUACCAGUCUCCUGCAGCCUCUCAGAACUUCCACUUUGAGCCUGCUCCUGAACCAGUGCGCCAGGCAGCUGCUGCCCCUCCUCCCAGUUCUGGGAAACGAUACAGGGCAGUGUACGACUACGUUGCAGCCGAUGACGACGAGGUGUCCUUCAUGGAUGGAGACGUGAUCGUAGACGUUCAGCAGAUCGACGAAGGCUGGAUGUACGGUCGCGUGGAGCGCACGGGCCAGCAGGGCAUGCUGCCUGCCAACUACGUGGAGGCCAUCUGAGUGAGAGGGAAAGUAACGGAGGAUUGAGGGAAGGAAGGGAAAGAAUGAAAGGAAAAGCCCAGUGCCAUCUCAUCUUAACGCCACUUUCUCUUAAUUUUAUUCUCUAAUCUAUCCUGCGUGACCCUGAGUCCCUUCCCCCCCGCAUCCUGCCCUGCUCUCGCCGUUCGCCAACCACACACACAAACUCUGUCUGUCUGCUUCUCUGUACAAGUCUGUCUUUGCUGAUGUCUGUCUGUUUCCUGUUUGUUUCCCACACAUCUCGAAUCCACUUUAGUGCAAAUGAAAAUUGAAAGUUUUAAAGAUGAACCCGUAACGGUUUGUUAGAGGGGUCUUACCCAUGCCGCAGCUUCAUCCUAGCUGCAGCGUGUAAUCCUGACACGUCACGCAUAAAGAAUGAAAAAUGCUAAAUAAAUCCCCCACAAGUCGGUCGAGCCUGCAGACUUUGUUCUGAGGAGAUUACUGACCGUUUUGGCUCUUUUCUUUGAUCUGAACCAGACUGGAAACCGUUGAAUCUCAGUUAGUCAGAAAUAAGCUUGGAGAAUUGUUUCGACUUGUACAUUCCUUUUAACCUCCAAGUCUUUUGCACCAGUCAGCCGCAUAUCAGCCGGAACAGAGACGAUAUAUAUAUAUAUAUAAACACAUUUCGCCUUUAUGUGCACAGAGUAUCACUCUCAUGUUCAGCACUGCCUUGUGGAUAACGUGAAACUGGAAUCGUGGCCCAACUGAAGAGCUCCUCCUUUCAGCGCCGCUCUCCGGCCUCCUGGACCCGGGAGGGAUCAGGGACGAGUUGGGCGACACGACGAGUCUGAUCUCCCGCGUCCACACUGACCUCACCACCUCAGUUAGUGUGCUUGCGCUGUGCUUUUUCCUGUUCCUGCAGCUCUCCGUCUUAAGAGAAUCACCGUGAUAAAUGUUUGGAGAACUGGCCAAGUUCUUCCCCUCUGAUGUAAAAUCACCGACCUGUUUAAAAAGGAGACAUCCCAGCACAGCUCUGUAUUCCUUUAAUUUUAAACUCGUUCCACUGUUUUUGUGCGAAAACAUUCCAUUUGUUUUUUCAUCUAAUGUGAGUGAAAUAAUUGAAUCCUGUGCUGUGAUAAAUGUUUCUCACUGUUCUUAUUUUUGCUUCCUUUCUUUUUAAAAACUUGCUUGUUUUCAAGAAAUUCUCUAUGUACUAAUUAAAUAAAGUAGUGACUGAUUUGGACAAAAUCUAUGGGUAACGGAUCAGUUGUGGUUUUAAUCAGCAUUUAGCUUGAGCCCAGAUCAGAGCUGCUUAACUCGGUUAAAUGGUCAAACAGACACGGCUAACCAGCUUCAGCAGCAUUUUGCGGAGUCCAUUUAAAGACCGUUAGUCAAAUAUGAUUUUUUUUUAAAUCUACCUCCAAAUACCCAUAAUCCAGGGAGGUUUUAACAGAUACAGGCUUGUUUUUCUGAGGUGUAAAUAAUGUUUCUGACUCCUGAUCUAAUGCUAAUCCCGUUGUCAUCACUGUCACUUUCUCAUCGCAGACUGGAGUAAAAAGGUUGGAUGGGGGGGGGGCAUUUUUAGGAGAGGGCAGAUGCAGGAGGGCCGAAACGUCCGGCUUCAUCAGAGUAAACGAGGAUCUUGUUCUGCAGCCAGAUUACGUUGUAUAAUUGUAUAUGCAUCACAAAGAUAAGUUAGGGAGGAGCUAAUCCGUCACGGUGCUCUGGGCAGCCACUCGCCUGCAGGUCAAAGCGGCUUGUAGUUUUUGUGAAUGUGAAGAAAUGAGUUUUAAAGAACGACUUAUGGAAAAGCACAUUUGGUGCAAGUGUUGAAUAUCAGUGCAACUUUCCAUCUCCAGUGUGACGUUUCAGGUCGAAUUGGCAUCAAAUCUGUAAUCUGCCGCAAUAACAGGACAUUUAGAAGACAAACAGUUUGCCAAGCAUACUUGUUUGUUUUGAGUAAACUGAGGAAAUGGCUGUGAAAUGAUUUAGGCUCAUGACAAUUAGAUGGUGACACUGGUAGCUUUCAUCUAUUUGCUGAUUGCAACUUUCUUUUAUGUCUAGUUGCUUUUUUUUUAAACUGGACAAAAAAAACAUGGGCAACGACGGUGUGUUGCUGAAGUGUAGCUCGGGAUGGAUUUGCAAAGCGAGUGAUGAUGUAAGUGUGUAGGGCCGAGGGGAGACGGACGGACGUUUUCUAUCUCCCAGCCUGUGAGGCCGGGGGAUGAGUCAUUUGCCUGACCUGGAUGUUGGUCAGGAGUUAACCCGCACCAAAUGCCACUCCUCCUCUCAGACAUCACUACUGAAUCGCAACCUCUUCCCUCAAUCUAGUGUCCCAUCCCUCCUCCCUGCUGCAGCCCCUUGUUUCUUCAGCCUUCAUCGUAGGCUCCUGUGCUUCUCAUCAGUCAUUCCCUGCUUCUAUCAUAACUGGUUCUAUACUGUAGACUUGGCAGAGUGAACCCCUAUAAUCCACAAAUGCAGGUUUAGCUCUCAGACCAGUUUGGUGCAUUCCAUAUUAUAAAAUGUUUUGUUUUUGAUAUGAUUUUGUUCUUUUUUAAUAAAGAUAUUCCUAUUGUCAUGUAUUCAAAACUUGGAAUACAUUCUCCGAUUGAGGACCUGGUAUCAUCUCCUGUUGCCCUGUUACAGCACUUCAAACUGUAAGAUCCUGCAGAUUCAAUAAAAUGUCAUUUUUUCUCA